AUGAGUGAGGAACGGUCCGAACCAGGUAGCGCUCAAAGCCUGAACAAUGGUCAUAAUGAGACUCAGAAGGAAUUACCGAAGUUAACUGUUGCCAAUUUGGCCGGCGAUGUCUACAACGGUAUCAAGGCCCUUAUCUAUGACCCAAUGUGUAACCGUCUAGCAGUACCCAUGGUCGUGGCCUUAGCUUCCAUAGCUGGCAAGUUAGUGAUCCUGAAGGUCAAAUACACCGAGAUUGACUUUUCAACAUACAUGCAGCAGAUAGAUAUCGUGAAUACUGGUGAAUUGGAUUACUCGAACAUUGUGGGCGACACUGGUCCAAUAGUGUAUCCUGCUGGGUUUGUUCAAGUUUACCAGUUCUUGCAGUGGGUCGCUGAUGGCGGUGUGAACAUUGGAAGAGUUCAGUUCUUCUUUAGUUACUUGUUCACGUUCACUGUUGCGUUGUCUUCGAUUGCCUAUACUAUGGUGGAAGGUAUUCUGCCUUGGCCGUUGUACCUUCUACUUCUAAGCAGAAGACUUAUAUCCAUCUACGUGUUGCGUUUGUUCAAUGAUUGCUUCACAACAGCUGCAAUGGUAGGUGUUGUGGUUAUUCUUCAGCAAGCUGCUUACUGGCACAAAUCAUUGACAGGUACCUUGAUGUUCUUGGCUAACGCAGUGGCUGCUGAUUUAUUCUCAUUGGCGAUUUCAGUGAAGAUGAACGCUAUUUUAUACUUUCCAGCAUUUGCAAUUGUUUCAUACUUCCUUUUGGGUGAGAACUUGGUGAAGUUCAUUGCUGUUCUUCUUGUGAUUCCAGCUGUACAAGUGCUUGUUGGCUGGCGUUUCCUCUUGCCUUUAUUCUGGGACGAAGAAGCGUCAUACAUUAGAUGGACCUAUAUCAACCAGGCAUUCAAUUUUUCAAGGAAGUUCCUUUAUAAAUGGACUGUCAAUUGGAAAUUCGUUUCCGAAGAAGUGUUCCUUUCGGAUUCCUUUUCUACUGCACUUCUCGUUGGCCAUGUUACUGUGCUUGCAUUCUUCCUUUUCACGAGAUUUAUUUCCAGUCGAGUUACGGGUAAAUCUGUCAAGCAACUCAUCAUUGAUGGCUUAAAGCCUUUCAAGUCUACCGUGUCCAACAAGAAUCUCCUUCUAUCGCAACAGGAUGGACCCAGAUUGAUCCUUUUGAUAUUUGCAACAACAAACGUUACAGGAGUUUUGUUUGCAAGAUCAUUGCAUUACCAGUUUCUCUCAUGGUAUUGCUGGCAACUCCCAUUCCUUUUAUACGCCACUGGCUUCAACCCUUUUGUUGCUGGAGGUAUAUAUCUUGUCCACGAAUGGUGCUGGAACGUGUUCCCCGCCACACCAACAAGCUCUGCUUUGCUUGUGAGUAUCCUAUCGCUCACACUUGGAGCGGUUUGGAUGAACUCUGAUAUCUGGUUCAAGCCUAGAACAGUGUCCAAAGAGAAGAAGGAAAUUUAA